CGUGUUAGUGCCGGGAGGCCACCGUGUCAGCAAGCUGAGAGGGAGACUGAGGCAAGAUGUCGGGCCGGAGUGGGAAGAAGAAAAUGUCCAAGCUGUCCCGUUCAGCCAGGGCCGGUGUCAUCUUCCCUGUGGGGAGGCUGAUGCGGUACCUGAAGAAAGGGACGUUCAAGUACCGGAUCAGUGUGGGCGCCCCCGUCUACAUGGCGGCCGUCAUCGAGUACCUGGCAGCGGAAAUUCUAGAAUUGGCUGGGAAUGCCGCAAGGGACAACAAGAAGGCCCGGAUAGCCCCAAGACACAUCCUCCUGGCGGUUGCUAAUGAUGAGGAGCUCAAUCAGCUGCUAAAAGGAGUGACCAUCGCCAGUGGAGGUGUCCUGCCCAGAAUUCAUCCCGAACUGCUGGCCAAAAAGCGAGGGACCAAAGGCAAGUCGGAAACUAUCCUCUCCCCUCCCCCAGAGAAAAGAGGAAGGAAGGCGGCCUCAGGCAAGAAGGGAGGCAAGAAAUCCAAGGCUGCCAAACCACGGACGUCCAAAAAGUCCAAACCAAAGGACAGCGACAAAGAAGGAACUUCAAAUUCCACCUCUGAAGAUGGGCCAGGGGAUGGAUUCACCAUUCUGUCAUCUAAGAGCCUUGUUCUAGGGCAGAAGCUGUCCCUGACCCAGAGUGACAUCAGCCAUAUUGGCUCCAUGAGAGUGGAGGGCAUUGUGCACCCAACCACAGCCGAAAUCGACCUCAAGGAAGACAUAGGUAAGGCCUUGGAAAAGGCUGGCGGGAAAGAGUUCUUGGAAACGGUAAAGGAACUCCGCAAAUCCCAAGGCCCUUUGGAAGUCGCUGAAGCCGCUGUCAGCCAAUCCAGCGGACUCGCAGCCAAAUUUGUCAUCCACUGUCACAUCCCUCAGUGGGGCUCCGACAAAUGUGAAGAACAGCUUGAAGAGACCAUCAAAAACUGCCUGUCGGCGGCAGAGGACAAGAAGCUGAAGUCCGUGGCGUUCCCCCCGUUUCCCAGCGGCAGAAACUGCUUCCCCAAACAGACGGCAGCCCAGGUGACCCUCAAAGCCAUCUCGGCCCACUUUGACGACUCGAGCACAUCUUCGCUGAAGAACGUCUACUUCCUGCUCUUUGACAGCGAGAGCAUUGGCAUCUACGUGCAGGAGAUGGCCAAGCUCGACGCCAAGUAGCGCGCUGGCCAGCGGGAGCCGGAGCAGAGUCACGGGAGUGGGGUUUUAUUUUGUAAAAGGAGAGAAGAAGGGUGACGGCAGGGGAGCGGAGGGCAGCUGGCAGCAAGCGGGCAGCAGGGGCCGCGGGAGCGGGUCCCGGCCACGGAAGGAGCCCUCUGCGUUUUGUAUUCUGGGUUAAAAGAGCCUCCGUCUGUAAUUAACCAGGUGUCCACGAGGGGUUCCUUUCCAUGUGUUUUCUUCCUGUUUGUUUUAGAACUUUUUUAAAAAAAAAAACAACAGACUUCGUUUUAGAUUUAUAGCAUUGACUUUUACACACACACGAAAAAAAAUCCUUUCAAAAUUCUUAAAACCUUGUUUCUCCUUUUUGCAAGGGAAGAGGGCAUAGAAGUGGCUUGGGCUUUGUUGGCUGUCUGUGUUCAGUGAUGGAGAGAAGAAAAUGGGAAAGACGUCCCGCUGGUGCUUUUCUUUUCUGUUUUAGUGCCCCCUCCCUACCCAGUACUGUCUGUAUCUACUCCUAAAAAGAUUUUGCUUCA